AUGGAGGAGUACAAAGAAUUGAACCAAGCAGACGAUGAAUCUGAGGAGCCACUCAGUCAUCCGCGUGCCAGAGAGUCGACAUGGUGCUCAUUCCCUCGCUGGGUUCUCUGGUUCACGGGAAAGAGCCCCUUCCUGGGCUCAUCCCGGACUGCAAGUGACCCUCCAGCCGAUGGCCAUAUCGAUACUUACGAUAACAUAGUUCCGACUGUCGAUGUCACUUUCAAGCCUCACCCGGAGUUCUCAAACUUGACCGACCCAGUAUCCACGAGACGGUGGCAUGACAUGCUUCAUCACGGUCACAUAUUCGUGGAUGAUGCGGCUCGAUACUCCAUGAAACCUGGCAUUCCAGUGUCAGAACACGGAGAGCGGCUCAUCGUGUCUGGAUUGCAUGGCCUUCAUUGCCUCCGGACACUGAGGAAUGAAAUGACCAUGCUCAUGCUUGGACACCCGCUGGAGACGGGUACAACGCACCACGCCCACAAUCAUCCUGGUCGUCCCGAUCAUUGUUUUGACUAUUUGCGUCAAUUAAUCAUGUGCGACCUGGAUCUCACAUAUGAAUCCGCUCGCGUGGACUUGGACGGUACGCGGAGAGUUGCUGAUGGCUGGGGGACAGUGCACCAAUGCAAAGACUGGUCAGCCAUCAACGAAUGGAUGUUGGAGAACCUAGAGUGGGAACUGUCUAUGGAUGAUUGGCAUGAGCCUGAUCACAAUAAGCCAGAAGGACAGGAUGAUUUAUAUGGUGACGUGUAUCCGCUUUACAGUCCUCUAUACAACAAGACCUGUCCAUCUAUGUAG